AUGUCAAUGGAUAUCCAGCAUUGUAGGAAAUAUGAUGAACCAUUUGCAAAAUUGGGAAAACCAGAAAUUGCUAUUGAUUGGUUUCAAAUGUUUUUAAAAAAAACUAUUGCAGCGCUUAUUGAGAAACUUCAAAAUAGAGAGCUUUCAUGUCCAAGUGAUUUUUGGAACAUGCAAAUGAGUCCAGAUGCUGAAAAAAACUUUUGGGAUCAAGUAAUUCAGAGAAUGGAUCAUGAUAUUCAAUUUACACCUAAUUAUAUACCUUCUCAACAUCAAGAAAAUAGCACUUUGCAUCUUUUUCUCUGUUUUGAUGAAGCAUGUCAAUUGCUCUCUGACAAAGGUGACAAUGUAUUAUCACCUUUUAGAAUAAUUAAUCGUUCUAUAAAGGAUAUUGGAUGGGUCAAACAUGGGUUCCUUUGUGUCAUGCUUGAUACAAUGGGGCAGUUAACCAACUUUUCACCUCCAACAAAACAAGAUCCUUCCCACAGAAUUAGCAAUGAAAAUAUUAAGUUACUUCCACCAUUUAUCAAUGUUAUGACAUUUGAUGCACUUGAUUACAAACUGAAAGAUCAUCCAAAUCAUUGCUUGCUCUUUGGCAGACCAUUAUGGGGAUCCAACUUGACAAAACCAAUAGAAUAUAUAUUUAAUGAUGAAGAAAAUAGAUUUGCUGUUUCUUUGGCUAUAUUAAGCUGUCUUGUCUCUCUGGAUAUUUCAACUCAAUCUCAGCUUACCCAUUUAUUGGUGGGCAGUUAUAUGGGUACUUGUAUUGGUGUUUCAAAAAGUAGAGAAAAUAUUUUAACCAUGUAUCCCUCUGAACCUAUUCUUUCUGAAGUUGCUUUGCAAAUUAUUGAAAUUGAAACAAAUAGAAGAUUUGUCCUUGAUCGACUUGAAACUUCAUUAAAGAAUGGGCUUGUUGAAGCAGGACAUCAUGGGGAACUUGUUGCACGCCUCAUUCUUAUAUUUGGAUGGCAACAUAUGUUACAAGGAAAAUAA